AUGGCUACAACUAAGGAUGCGUACAUGUGGACACCUGAGGACGGACUUCGCCAUGGUGGCUUCGCUUGUGAAGGCGCCAUCUCCCCGCCUCAAAAGAUUAAGUCGCCCCCAAGCACCAUCUAUGAUGUGUUGAUUGUCGGCGGUGGCUAUGCUGGCCUUGCCGCUGCUCGCGAUCUCACAAACGCAGGGCGAUCUGUACUUCUUAUCGAAGGGCGUGAUCGCGUCGGUGGACGGUCUUACACCAUCGAGCAUAAUGGCUACAAAUGGGAGAUGGGUGGCACCUGGAUCUUUCAUACUCAGCCAUAUACACACCGUGAGGUGAUGCGUUACAAGAUGGACCUUAUUUGCUCGCGCGACCCUAGCCAUAAAAAUGACUUUUACUCCAUCAACGUUCCUGGGUCUAAGCGAAAUCUGUCGCACGAGGAGGCUAGCAAGAUUUCCGGGAAGGUUUGGAAACUAUUUGUCAACAUCGAUGGUGCGGAAGGCAAGAAGAUCUGUCCUUUGCCGUACCAACAAACUGGUAACGCUUGGGUCGACCGAGAGGCUGUCAAGAAGGUAGACGCCUACUCCUGCUACGACCGCUUUCAAGAGAUCAAGCACCUGCUCAAUGAGGAAGAGCAGGGCGUCUUGACUGCCAUGGUCGUUAAUCUUGCUGGAGGUAGACCAGAUAUGAAGAAUGCUGGUUACUGGGAUAUGAUACGCAGUCAUUCUAUCAACGGCCAUCAAUAUGAUCUCAUGGACGAGAUCUGGAUCAACUACAAAAUGAAGGAUGGCUCAUCUCACCUCAACCGCCAAAUCUUCAAUGAUGCUGUUGAUUGCGGGCUGGAGUACACUUUCAAGACACACGUUUCGUCCAUUGAGCAGAAGGCAAAUGGUACCCAGAUCUAUACUCGGGAUGGCCGUGUUUUCAAGGGGCGCAAGGUGCUUUGCACAGCUCCACUUAACACCCUCAAGUCCAUUAAGUUUGAACCUCCCUUUGGUAAGCUACGCGAAGAGGCCGUGGCCGCUGGUCAUAUCAACUUCAUGACCAAGUGUCAUGCCGUCGUCAAGGGCCCAGAUUUUGCAUCAUGGGCAGGUGCAAGUCACCCUAGCCCUCUGAACAUGGCGUUCGGCGAUGGUCUCACUCCCGAUGGUGAUGCCCACCUGACCGCAUUUGGUGGUGAUUGGCGCGAUAACUUUGUCUUGGAAGAGGCCCCUGAGAAACUCGUCGAGGCUUGGAACAAGUUUCAUUCUAUGGACGUCAAAGCUAUUGCCUUCCACAACUGGAACACUGAUGAAUACACCCAAGGAGGACCCUGUUUCAUGCCUCCCAGAUUUAUGUCAACCUACAUUGAGGAGCUGCGCAAACCCCAUGGCAAUAUCUUCUUCGCAAAUGCUGACUGGGCUCAAGCCUGGCGCAACUUCAUCGACGGUGCUCUCGAGCAGGGUACAUUGAAUGGAAUUGAGAUUCUCAACCAGCUCAGAGAUGAGGACAAGACUGGAAUUCGCAAGACUGACUACCACUUGUAG